CUUCAACCCCUUGAAAUUACUUCUCCGCUUUAGAGUUUUACCUGCUCGCGGCACGGCAAGGAAACCUCCAUGGAUAUCCAAGACAGUUCGAUUCCGAAACCAUCGCCAGGUAACAAAGAGGUUCGAAUAGACUUGAGUUCAAUGGACAUGGCAACUGAUCAAGCUUGCCAAGACAGUUGCAAAACAACCAGAGAAUUUCACGAAGAAGGGAGUUCACAAGGCAUGGCAACUAAUAAAGCUUCCCAAGACGGUUGCAAAACAACCAGAGACUACAACGAGGAGAGCAACCCAAUGGCGCUGCAACCGAGUGAAAUACAAGGAGAUUCGAAUCCUGUAGAACCACCACCAGAUUGCAAUGAGGAGAGCAACCCAAUGGCGCCGCAUCAAAGUGAAAUACAAGGAAAUUUGAAUCCACCAGAGUUUCGCAUAGACUUGAGUUCAUUAGACAUGGCAACUGAUCAAGCUUGCCAAGACAAUCGUAAAACCAGAGAGGUGCACGAAGAAGGAAGUUUUGAAGACCGGUCAACUCUUCUUUUAGAAGACUAUGAGAUGUGGAAGAAGCAAAGGUCCAGCAAGUUUAAAUCUAAAGUCUCGCCGAAAGCGGUGGUCAAUAAAGACUAUCGAUUAUGGUUUCAAGCCGCAGUGAAAGGUGAUUGGAAAGAAAUCGAGAUGAUCCUCAAUAAAAACCGCACAGCAAUGAUAACCGGCGUUAUGAAAAUAGAAAGUGAUGACUUAACUAUGCUCGAUGUUGCGAUUAUGGCCGCACAAGAUCAGUUGGUCGAGAAGUUGGUCAAGCACUUCCCUCCAAAAUGUGAAGAUCUCGAUCCUAAGAGAGUCCUCGGCUAUGCUGCUCGGGGAGGAAGAGUAAGGAUGGUAAAGGCAUUAGUAGACAAAUUUGAUCCCGAACCUACAAUUAUUUACAAAGCCCUAAAGUCUGCUAAUGAACAUGCUCCUGAUCGUAAGGAGGUUAUAUGGUACCUGGCCAGGAGGCUAAAAUGUACCCCGAAGGACAAAAUCAUCCGCAGACUUAUGUUUUCCGGCCAUAUGGACAUAUGCCUAUAUUUAGCUCGCAAAUACCCCGGCUCAUUGAAUUUCGAAGACACCGAAGGCGUGAUGUUUUUGCAAUUCUUGGCAUUAAUGAGUGGUUACUUCCGUAGUGGAGCUGGACUCAAUUUUUGGGAAAAGCUUAUUUACAAAUUUAUCCCUCUAUACGUGGUCGACACAUUAUUUGACAACUCCAAGAACACGAAGAUAGCUCAAGUACUUAACAGGAUCGAGACAUCACUCUGGAAUUUUGCCACAAUACCAGCACCUUUCAUCAAAAGGAUUGGAGAAUUGAAGUUUAAGCACAAUUGCUCGCUUCACUUGGCAGAACUAUUUCUUAUCGAGAUGAAGAAAAAAUUUGAUGAUUGUGAAAUCCUCGGGAUUCUAUUGACUUCAGAUGUUCUCCUUGACGCUGCAUCUCGUGGAGUCUUUGAAAUUCUGGAUUUAUGUCUCAAAUAUUAUCCGGAGUUGUUGUGGAAUAACAAUUUUGAAGAAAAACUGUACAAAGAAAUUUUGGAGGGACGGCACGUUGAUUUGUAUAGACUACUGCGCGGACAGAACCCCGUUCAAUGUUUCGUUGACACAGAUAAUUCGACGAGAAUCGCCCAAUGGAACGCUCUGACCAAAUGGUCACCAAGAUGUGUAUCCCCAGACGUUUCUGGAGCAGCUUUUCUUCUGCAGAGGGAACUUCACUGGUUUCAAACACGGGGUAUGGGCGCCACUGUUUCUAAAUGGCUGAAAUUUCAACCGCAUAAAAGAACAUUAUGGGAAAUUUUUGUAAAAGAACGGAAAGAGUUGUUCGAGGAGGCACAGCAAUGGAUGAAGUAUACAUCGUCAUCUUGUAGUCUCGUGGCGACUCUCAUCAUUACGGUAGCUUUUGCUGCAGCUUUUACAGUACCCGGAGGCAACAUUGACAGUAUGGGGAUCCCAAUAUUUCUUAACAAGGGCUCAUUUAUGGUAUUUAUGGUUGCAGACAGUUUCGCUCUCUUGUCCUCUGUCACUGCCACCUUGAUGUUCUUGACUAUCCUAACUUCACGCUACACAAUCGAAGAUUUCCUCCACUCACUACCGAGAAAAAUGGUAAUGGGCCUCACUUUUCUCAUCCUCUCUUUGGCCUCUAUGCUGGUAGCGUUCAGCUCUGCUCUUACUAUCAUCUUGAGCGAACGAUUCAAGUGGAUUUAUAUCCCAAUUACUUUGUUAACUGCCUUCCCUAUUGUAUUGUUUGCAAUCCUACAGCUUCCCUUGUAUUUUGAAAUGGUCGAAUCCACUUAUUGGCCUCGUCUCGGCCGUCCCCUGAAGGUUUAUAAGUGAUCUCUAUUAUUAUUGGACAAGGACAUGUGAUGUAAUCUUUCUUUGUACUUGUUACUGUGUGUGAAGUGUGAAUAGCAUGGACUGUACUAAUGUUUUAUGACACUGGAAGCGUGACAUUAGCGAAAGUAUAAUAUAGGCUGCCAAGUGUAAACAUUGUCUCAAUGUUUUAUUUGUGUACUUCAUUGCUCA